UGAAGAACUUUUGGACCAACCACAGGCUGAGUUUGGGUCGCGAUAUUUGCAUACGCAUGCGCACUGCGCGCGCUUCCCAAGCGCGGGACUUCAGUGUUUAGAUGAAAGCUGCGAGUUGUCAACAUUGCUGAGUGAAAUGGAGGACGAUUUCAGUCAGUCCCUCACUCCACCUGUCUCUCCCUUCAUGGACGAGGAGCUCGGCGAAUCAUCCCUCGCUCGGCCGCCGUGCUUCUCCUGCGCUUUCGAGAAAGGAAGAGAAGAAGCGCAAACUCUGUCGUCAGACGGCUAUGUCAGCCGAGGUGUCCUAAAGAGGUUGCUGUUGAAGUUAGAUCCGGCUCCUGCAGACUUCGAAGUCGACACUGUGGAUUUGUUCGGCUUCUCCUGGGUGACGGAGACGGCAUUGCUGGAAUCGACUCAGCUUCUGUUUGGCUUGUUCAGACAAAAAGUCUUCAGGCUGGAAACUCUGGUUCAGUCUAGCUCACAUGAUUUUGGUCAAGCAAGUAGCCUUCAUUACGAAGCAGAGGAGCUGAGGCAGCAGUGCGUGCUGUUUCUCACCUACAUUAAAGUCUUUAUUCACAGGUUUGUGGAGGCACCUGAUCCACUGGAGGAAGAGUUCUCCCCGUCAUUCUCACAGAUGGAGGCGCAGUUUCCCUCCACUUUAGUGGAGCAGCUGUUCAGCAUCACACUGCUCAUUGGCCGACUUAAAGAUUUACCGGCAAACGUCCAAAGUGCUUUCACCAUCCAUCACCAGGGAAAGCUUUUCCCUCCAUCAUGGCAUUUACUGCACCUUCAUUUGGACGUCCACUGGGCCAUACUGGAGAUCCUGCACAUUUUGGGACAGAAAAUGAUGGGUCAAGUUGUGUAUGCAAGUCAGUUUGUUGAUCUAACGGGAGAAACUCUCACCAAUGUCAGCCUGUUCGAAGAUCACCUCAACAACCUACUGUGUGACCUUAUUACUCUAGCAAUGAACAAGUACAGCAAGGUGAGACCGACUGAGGCAUUGAUAAGUCAUCAUUAUCAAUGUGUUUGCACUAAAGAGAUUUGGAGUCUCCUUAUCCACCUUCUGGAACACAGGAGCAAAACUCUCCACACGCAGUCAUUCUGGGGCUAUGUGAAUGCACUGCUCGACUCCAUCCUGAAGGGGGCGCCAUCAGGAGUUGCAACACACUGUAAAGACACGCUCGGAUUCACAUGGUGGCUGAUCGCACACCUCGCACAGCUUGGAAUGUGCAACCGUAACGGAGUGCUUCAAAGUGAGAAACAGUUGGAUGACAACUGGAGUUUUGUGUGUGAUCUGCUGAAGUCCAGCUGUGACGUCAAGGCAGCGGUUCAGGAGGAGCAGAUGCGGAUGUACGUGCACUGCUGCUUGACUCUCAGUAUGGUGUGGGUACCCAGCCUUAGCGCCAUCAACACACUUUGGGAUUUUUUCAGCAAAAACCUGAACGGAUCGUUCUCAGUACCUUGGUUAGGUGUGUCUGGAUUGGCCAGUAUUGGCUCCACCCCACUGGCUCUGUUGGAACAGGCCAAGAGCUGCUGUAGCCCCGCCCUGUUGAACUCCACUAAUCACGCCCACCUCUAUCGCUCCACCAAUUCCUUCCUUAUUUUCCUGCGGAUGCUUGCGCUGCACCUGAAGCAGGAGAGCGGCGCCCCCUGGAGGCAGAUCAAGGGCAGAAUCUACUCUAAGUUCCACGAGCGUCGCAUGGCUGAGCUGUCCGAGAGCGGACUACAUCACUUCCUGCUCCUCUUCCUGGUUUUGUCGCUGUGCGCCGAUUUGGAGGACGCCACAGGCCGCGCCUUCGAUCUUUUGGCCCUGCGGUUGCCUGCGGCGACAGCAGUGAUGUCAUGGCGGGGUCGUUUGGCUCUGCUGCUCGGGUUUGUGGAGCGGGGUGUGGACGUGGGCGGGGCAGCCACAAGGAUCUCCGCCUCCUUCAGCAGUGCUGCACGAGAGUUUUACCUUAAGACUACGCCCGUGCCGAGGAGGGCAGAGCUGUGGCGUUUAAUCUCCGCCUACUUGGAGGGCGUGGGCCAGGUGUGGCAGAGCAGCGCCACCUUGUGUCUGUCUGAGGAGAAGCUGAUUAAUGAGGGGUUCGGCCUGCUACUACCGGCCUGUGGCGCUAAAGAGCUUGACACGGUGCUCGACUUCCUACAGAUGGCACUGACACAGUUACGGAGGGUGCAGCAGUGUUCUCAAAGUGCCAGUACAGCUCUUCCUCUCAGUGUGGUUAAAGAGCGCCACCUGGCGGUGGCUGUCACUCUGUGGACUCACUUCUUACCGUUCCUGCGCACACUGAGAAUCUCACAGACUCCGCCGGAAGAGCUAGCGCACGCCGCUGCAGGUUUCACUCUGUUAGCCCUGGAUUUGCCUAACUCCGCCCCUCAGGAUCUUCAGCCCCGCCCACUCCUGGCCAUGAUUCAGUGCUUUGGCUGGGAUGAGAUGCUUCGACCCCUACUGGUGACACGCUACCUCAACAACCUGCUGCAGAAAGAGGAACUAGUGCAUAAGAUGAGCUCUGCUGGUGACUCAGCCCAGGCUCUGUGUGUGAGAGCGUGGAUCCGCUGUAUCGUACAACAGCAUCAACACAACAACACUGACGCACACAACAGCAGAACAGACAGGACUUUAGAGGAGCAGUUAGCUGAAAUGACCGCACUGAUCCUCAGACUACCAGAAGUGGAGUCACUGCUUCAGAGAGCCGGACUGAACACUAACGCUGCUAUGCAAGAACCUAAAGCUGCCCUGACCUUGUUUAUAAAGUGUGUAGGUCGUGUGUAUUGUGGGCUGCAGCAGCAGACGGAGCGUGUGUCUCUGGUGUGUAAAGCGCUGGAGUAUGUAGGCGACAUCAUGAAGUUCAUCAAACCCAACCUGCUGAACAAGAGUGCAGAGGGGCUGCAUAUCACCUACUGGACACUUGGGUGUGUGGCAAAGCACUGGAGCCCCCUGCUGGCCACGUCUAAAGCUCAGUCCCUACUCCUGCGCAUCAUAGACGUCCUGCUGCUCCCUCAUUCCCUGCUGCAAGAUAAAGCUCCGCCUCCUCAGCUGAUCUCCUCUAUUCGGGACACACUGCCACUCUACCUGCAGGGUCUCUCUGUAGUAGUGGGCGUGUCCCAAACGCAGGUGUCGUACCUGAAGCAGCAGCUGCGUAACGUCAUCACUCAGUACCUGAGCCGCUUCCUCCCAGCCACGCCCACUGUUGGAGCAGUAGCCAAUCACCCGGUGCUGCUGGCUGGCUGUGAGGCCACACCCACACCACGAGGGGCUGCGCUGAGGAAGAACAUCCUGCAGGCACUCAGGGAAAACUUCCUACAGUUCAGAGGCCAUGCCCCUCCUCCUCGAUUGGCAGCUGUCCUCAUGUUCCUAUUGGAGCUCCUGAGACGUAAUAAUGACACUGACCCCGCCCUUCUCACUGUGCCCCUCACACAAGUGCUGCGCUGCAUGAUGCUUGUUAAUGAACCUCAAGUGAAGAAGCUGAGUACAGAAAGUGUGCAGCUAAUCGUGGAGAGAUGUUCCUCUGCAGCCAGAGAGGAACCGUGCGACCAGCUUAUCACAGUUCUCAGAACGUUCGUGGAGGAGAACGAGGGUGUGUAUGAGCUACAGAUGUACAGCGCUUUGGAGACGGUCGCUAUCCUCAAUCCCUUAGCUGUGUCGACUCUGAUUCCAGUUCUCUCGCAGAGUUUACGCAACACAGAACAGAAGAGAGGAAUCGGUAAAAACACAUCUCUCAGAAACGCCUACAGGACUCUUCUGGCAUUGUUGGGAGAUGCUGGUCAGGCCGAAAUGAUCAUUCUGGAAGAGGAUUAAGCUGUUACCGUUUGUCUUCUGCUCUGAUUGUAAAUAUUGUACAUAAAGUUUACUUUGUACAUCUCAUGUUUUGUAUCUGUCUUUUUCAAUAAAUAUGGACAAGUGUCGCAUGA